UGUCGGUUUCUUCUCCAUCAAAACACAGAAAGAUUAUUUGAAAUUUUGUGGCAAACCAAAGUUCUCCUCUUUAAUUUUGUAGCUUCAUAGUAUAUAUUCAUAUCUAUGGCUCAACUCAUCUAUCAUCAACCCAUCCUGGCUUCUUCCACUCCAAAAAUAUUAAUGUCCCAAACAAAGAUUCCUCACAAAGUUCACCAUAAGAAAGCAUUGCUGCAACUGAAGAAUAAUCCUCCUCGAAAACCAUUUGCUAAAAAAUGGAGCAUUUAUGCCUUGGAUUCUUCAUCCUCUAAGCCCAUCUCCAAUUUGAAAAUUGAGGAGUUUGGGCUUGAAGCUCCAGAUGGUAAAGUGAAGAUUUUAAAGGAAGCACUGAAACAAACACGAGAUUUGUGCUGGGAAUGUUUGGAAAUAAUUGAUGCAGCCCAACGCCUUGGCAUUGACAACCACUUCAAAGAGGAGAUUGAGACUAUCCUUAAGAGGCAAUACGAUUUAAUAAAUGCAAACCAUUUUGAUGGAGACAUGGAUCUUCACAAAGCUGCCCUUCUUUUUCGACUUUUGAGACAACAAGGAUACCUUGUGUCUGCAGACAUGUUCAAAGUUUUCUUAAAUGAGAAGGGAAAGUUCAAGGAGAAGCUAAAAGAAGAUGUGAAUGGGGUGACAAGUUUAUAUGAAGCUUCACAGCUAUGCAUUCAUGGAGAUGACAUUCUUGACGAAGCCGAAAUUUUCAGUAGCCAUUGCCUAAAUGUUUGGGCUGCGCAGCUUGAAAAUCAAUCCUCCGCCAGUUUUGUGCUGAAUACAUUAGCCCAUCCUCAUCAUAGAAGCGUCGCCCAAUUUAUGGUGCCUUACUAUUUUGGACAUACCCAAUGGACAAACAAAUGGCUUAACAUUUUGCAAGAUGUUGCAAAAACUGAUUUUGUUACAACUCAACGAUUGCACCAAAACGAAAUUGCCCUAUUUUUAAAAUGGUGGAAAGAAACAGGUCUGGCCAAAGAGUUGAAUUUUGCCCGAAAUCAACCGAUACAACGGUACCUCGGGUCGGUGCUUUGUCUCCCAGAUCCCUGCUAUUCAGAGCAAAGAGUCCAACUUGCAAAAUCCAUGUCUUUUAUUUAUCUAAUUGAUGAUCUUUUUGAUGUACAUGGGACUCUUGAUGAACUUACUCUCUUCACACAAGCAGUCAAUAGAUGGGAUUUGGCUGCUGCUGAAAGUUUACCAAAUUGCAUGCAAAUUUGUUUCAAAUAUCUACUCGAAGUUACCAACGAAUUAAGCUUCGAGGUCUAUAAGAAACAUGGUUGGAACCCCAUUGGUUCCUUGAGAAACGCGUGGAUCGAAUUAUGCGAAGCAUUUUUAGUGGAAGCAGAAUGGUUAAGUUGUGGGCAGCCACCAAGUGCGGAAGAAUAUUUGAGGAAUGGAAUUGUGAGUAGCGGCGUCAACGCUAUUCUACUACAUGCUUUCUUUCUGUUAGGGCAACAAAUAACCAACAAAACUGUGGAGCUUUUAGACAAUGAUCCGGAUAUCCUUUUGUCCAGCGCCAUGAUACUCCGACUUUGGGAUGACAUGGGAAAUGCCAAGGACGAGAAGCAAAUGGGGCGUGAUGGGUCGUAUGCAGAAUACUACAUGAAGGAACAUCCAAGCAUCUCCUAUGAAGAAACACAGAAACACAUUAAGAAGAAGAUUUCUGAAGCAUGGAAGACUCUGAAUAGAGAACACCUCUUUUCCAAUAUCUUUCCUACCAACUUCACUCAGGCUUCUCUGAAUAUUGCCAGAGCUGUCCCUUUGGCAUAUAAUUAUGGUAGAAACCAAUAUAUCAUGACCCUCGAGAAGCUUAUGAAACAAUAUUGCUGAUAUUUCAUAAUGUGGGAUAAUUGAUGUGGAUUAAAUCAUUCAUUAAAUUUUGCAUGUUAUGAUGAGAGGCAAAGACAAACUCCUUUCCCAAGAGUACUUUAGAAUGACAUGGCUGCUUUCCAUGUACUUCAGAAUCAAACUUAAAAUUUAAUUAUAGUAGUUGAUAUUG